ACACACACGCACACACACACCACAAAACGAUGAGUCGCGUAACGCGGUCCCCCUUGCCGUCGCUUCAGAGCGAAAUCUCCAUCCUCAACGCUGAAAAGUAUGGCGAGCUGCCCAUAAGCUCGCCCGAGCCCCGGGCCGACGAGAUCGUCGUCAAUGGCAAGCGCUCGCCGCCGUCGGAUCACGACGAGGAGGAUGGCGUGCAGAAGAAGCGAUCCAGAGGCCGGCCGAGGCUGGACACCAAGGACGAGACGGCAGCUGAUCGUCGCCGUACUCAGAUCCGUCUCGCUCAGCGAGCGUACAGACACCGCAAAGACACCGCCAUCACCACCCUUGAGCAAAAGGUCAAGGAUCUGGAAGCCUCCAACGAGGCCAUGAGCAAGGAGUUCACCAGGUUCUACGACAUCAUCCUGGCCGAGGGCAUCUUCGACCUCGCCCCCCACGCCGCCCCUCGCCUCCGACUCAUCGCCGACAGGCUCCUCCGCAUCUCCAGCAUGGUGGACACCGGCAGCAUCACGCCCCCGGAGAGCGACGAUCCCAUCGGGACCAAGUCUGCGAUUGCACGGAAAGGAGCCCACGACAUCACCACGGAUCUCGCUCCCCAAACCGGCGUCCUGGAGCCAGAACUGGCUGCCUUCUCUACCCACCAGCACCCGGGUGCCUUCAAUUACGAGGUCAUCGCCCAGGCCACGCCAAACAACGCCAGCUUUCCCUUUUUUGCCUCCUUCGAAACAACCACCUCACAGCCCCAGACCGGCAACUACAUGAACAACCCUUCACCGUAUCCACGACUUUCACCUCCGGUAUUCGGCUUCACCGAUCGCACCUUUAGCAAGAGAUUGCAAAAGACGACUCUGGAACGCGGCCUCAGGCUGGCUACGAUGAAGAACCCGCCACCCGAGCAAUAUGCGACCGUCUUUGGCUUCUGCCUUCUGUUCGAGUCCCGCGAUGCCAUCAUCAAGAGACUGGCUGCCGGGCUGAAGAAGGUGCAGAACGAGUUCCUGGACUGGAAGAUGACGUCUACAGAUCAGUUUGGAUUCUUGGACAAUGCCUUUUCGACGACUAGCACCGACGACCUGGGCCACGCGCUGCUCUCCCUGGGCAAGCCGACGAACAGCUUCUCCGGCCUGGCAACGUCCUUCGGCCAGCAACCCUCGGCCAGCUCCGAUGAGCGGUCCGAGCAGCGGAUACGGAUGAUUUACCAAAACUUUGAAGGCGAGUUCUUCACCGCCGACGAAGUAGAACUGUUCCUGCGCAGACUCGGUCUCGUCAUCCCCCCCAACGUCGACUUUGUCGAAACAGAGCUCGACCUCAACGACCUCCAAGCCGCCGACGAGGCCAGCACAAAGAGCCUUUUUGCCAGCAUAGGUCUGCCUCCGGGGAGCUCGGGCCUGGGCGGCGGCAACAGCAGUAGCAGCAGCAAUAGCAACAGCAUGUGGCACAUGAACGCCUCUUCAAUGGGCGAUUUCACGAGCUCCCUGAGGGGGGACUCAUCUGAAGGUCAGAGCACACGCACGGCUGGGUUUGGGGACGAGUCUGACUUGAGUGGAGGGUUAGUUUCGUUUAUGAACAGCCACGAUUUCGGCUCUAUGUGGUCUACGGGGUCGAGUUGGCAAAAGACAAAGGUCUCGCUGGACGUGCGCAGGCUAAUUGACGAACUUGGUAGUCGAUCGGUCUGUCUUGGAAGAGUUCCCGGCGUGCGACCAAAGGAUGUUAUCAAGGCUGUCAAGAUUGCCGCAGGCCUCCCACGUAAUCGGGGACACUGA